AUUUCUACAUAAUUUCUAUACUCGUAAUUCCUUCUUAUUGCUAUGCUAAUUUUAACAUCCUGCUAAAGUUUCAGUAAUAUUACUUUGUUUGCUUUUCUGGAUUUUAGUUAUCUUAAGGCAAGACUUAAGGCAGGAUUAGAGGAUCUGGUUUAUCAAUCAACUGUUUCUUACUCAGGACUUGGGACCUGAUUGUAUAAUCCAGGAUCAUUGAAACCUGAUUUGACCAAUGUAUAUCCAAACCAAAAUGAUUAUAAUCAACUUUUAGGAAUUAAUCAUUCAAAAUUCAUAUGUUGGUAAAAUGAUAUGUACAAACCCAAAUGAUCAUCAGCAGCAGAUGGUUAAGUAAAAUAUAUCCAUUUAAUGAUGUAUAAUUUGGCUAAGUAUAAUAUACUACAAUUUAUGUAAAAAAAAUUACAUCUUUGGUUGUAGGUGUACAUAUAUUCUCCAAGCCGUAUCAGGUUAUUCAAAUCUAUCCUGGUCUAGUCAAAAGCAUGAGGUUUCUGGAGUUGGGGAUAAUGAAAUACUUUCCUGUUCUUCUCACUAAAAACCCCUCAAGUGUUUGUGUGGAGUGAACAGAGGGGAAAUGAUCAUUUUUGGAGCUAUAAGGCAAGUGAGAUCUUAUGUAGCUUCUUUUGCUUCCCCCAGCCCUGUCUGUUUUUCCUAAAGAGGAGUUCAGAGGACAACUGGUCCUUUUCUGCAAAUAUCAAAGCCAUGGCUCAGGAGUCAGUGAUGUUCAGUGAUGUGUCCAUAGACUUCUCUCAGGAGGAGUGGGAAUGCCUGAAUGAUGAUCAGAGAGAUUUAUACAGAGAUGUGAUGUUGGAGAAUUACAACAACCUGGUUUCAAUGGCAGGACAUUCUAUUUCUAAACCAGAUGUGAUCUCCUUCUUGGAGCAGGGGAAGGAACCCUGGUUGGUUGACAGAGAAGUAACAGGAAGCCAAUAUCCAGUCCUGGGAUCAAGACUUGAAACCAAGAAAUUAUUUCUGAAGAAGGAAAUUAAUGAAAUAGAGUCAGCCCAGUGGGAGAUAAUGGGAAGACUUACAAGACAUGACCUUCAAUGCUCUAGUUUCAGAGAUAAUUGGGAAUGUAAUGACCAGUUUGAGAAACAACAUGACUCACAGGAGGGAAAUUUCAGUCAACCAAUAUACACCCAUGAAAGCAUGCCCACUUUUAAUCAGCAUCCAUCCUUUACAUUACAGCAAAUCAUUCAUAAAGAGAAGUACUGUGCCACUAAGGAAUAUAGGAAAACCUUUAGACAAGAUUCACAGCUUACUACACAUCAGAUUAUUCAUACCAUUGAGAAACCCUAUGAAUGUAAAGAAUGUGGAAAGGCCUUUAGACAUCCCUCAAGACUCCGCCAUCAUCAGAAAAUUUAUACUGGCAAGAAACCCUUUGAAUGUCAAGAAUGUGGAAAAACCUUUAUUUAUGGCUCAGACCUUACUCGGCAUCAGAGAAUUCACACUGGUGAGAAGCCCUAUGAAUGUAAAGAAUGUGGGAAGGCCUUUAGUAGUGGCUCAAACUUCACUAGACAUCAGAGAAUUCACACUGGUGAGAAGCCCUACGAAUGUAAAGAAUGUGGGAAGGCCUUUAGUAGUGGCUCAAACUUUACUCAACAUCAGAGAAUUCACACUGGGGAGAAGCCCUAUGAAUGUAAGGAAUGUGGCAAUGCCUUUAGUCAGAGUUCACAACUUAUUAAACAUCAGAGAAUUCAUACAGGUGAGAAACCCUAUGAAUGUAAGGAAUGUGAAAAGGCUUUUCGUUCUGGUUCAGACCUUACUCGACACCAGAGAAUUCAUACUGGUGAGAAACCCUAUGAAUGUAAAAUAUGUGGGAAAGCCUAUUCUCAGAGUUCACAGCUUAUUAGUCAUCAGAGAAUUCAUACUGGUGAGAAACCCUAUGAAUAUAGGGAAUGUGGAAAGACCUUUAAUUAUGGCUCACAACUUAUUCAACAUCAAAAUUUGUACUGGUGAAAAACCACAGAAUAUAUGAAAUGUGUGAAGGCUUUUAAUUAUAGCUCAAAACUAUUCAACAUCAGAGAAUUAUCUUGAUAAUAAUCCUUCUAAAUAGGGUAAUGUAUAAACAUGUUAUUUUUUGACUACAGCUUAUUUAUCCUAAGAAAAAUGUAGGAGAAACACUCCUGAGUAUAUUUUGAAAGAUCUUUAAUAAAAUUUGUAUUUCUCUUGA